CCGCCGAAGAAGAAGAAUGAGGAGAAUGCUAAACGGAAAAUAGAUCCCGGGGACGAAGAGCUGCUCGGUGAACGUUAAACUAACGCCGUUACCUCAAAGUAUCAGCAUUGAUCAUCGCUGCACCGCCUCGGAAACAGCAUGACGGAGCCUCAGUCCGCGCUGUUACUCAGGAGACAGCUCGCAGAGAUGAACAAAAACCCGGUGGAAGGAUUCUCAGCGGGCCUGAUCGAGGAUAAUGAUCUCUACAGAUGGGAAGUCCUCAUCAUCGGCCCUCCAGACACUCUGUACGAAGGCGGCGUGUUUAAAGCCCAUCUGACGUUUCCCAAAGAUUACCCUCUCAGGCCGCCUAAAAUGAAAUUUAUCACAGAUAUUUGGCACCCUAACGUUGACAAGAACGGCGACGUAUGUAUUUCUAUUUUGCACGAGCCGGGAGAGGACAAGUACGGCUACGAGAAACCAGAGGAGCGCUGGCUGCCUAUCCACACGGUGGAAACCAUCAUGAUUAGUGUUAUCUCCAUGCUGGCAGACCCAAACGGUGACUCACCCGCCAACGUGGACGCUGCAAAAGAGUGGCGGGAGGACAGACACGGCGCGUUCAAAAGGAAAGUUGCCCGCUGUGUACGAAAAAGCCAAGAGACUGCGUUUGAGUGAUAUUUAGCAAGGAUUUAGCUUCACGUUUUCAGGGUCUCUAAUUGAUAAAUCAACAUGGCACUGUCUCCUGCACUCUUCCACCCUGUUCGCCAGGCUCGUCCUCCGUCGCUCCGGCAGGAACAGACCGGCUGCUGUAGGCUGCAAUAGAACAUAACGGUGACUACCACUGCUGACCGAAAAAACCCGCCAAGCAAGUGCCAACUCAAAUCAAAACAAACGAAAAAAAACCCAGAAGAUGAUUAAAACAAAAAAAAAAAACAUUUUUCAAGUCUAUGAACUGCUUCAACAUUCAGGAAGAUAUUGUAAAGACAUGUAUAUAGCACAGACUAAACCGGA